AUGAAUCAGAAUUUAACCUAUACUACAUAUACGACAGACCCUCGAACCCCGCAGGGGCAACAGGGGAUGUCUUUUCAUCCUUCUUCUUAUCAAUCUUCAACAUAUACUACAUCAUCCACUGCCCCAUUCCAUUCGUCGAGCUCUACUGCUUUUAUUCCAAACAAUACGAUUACGUUAGAAAACGGAAUAGGAUGCGGCAUUAUUGAAAGGAGCAUUGAAGAAGUUUAUAAGCUGCAACAAGCUCCGCUGACUAGCCGUGGUCAAGUUAGUCAAACGCAGAUGCGUUUGUCGUCUGAUAAUGAUGAAAAAAGGAUUUCUCAGCUUCUUGACACCUACUUCAUAGAGCAACCUGCUCCGUCAACAUCCACCUGGGCAACACCCAGUCACCAAACAGUUCAAGUACAAUCGAGUCAAGCACUGCAAGGUGUCCAAACAUUGCAGGUGGCUCAGCUACAACCACAAAUCUCUUAUACGGGAGGAACACUCGUUACUACUAAUGUGAAAGGGGUUGGGGUGAAUAUGAAUUUGAAGGUUGCACCAGUUUCUCCCGACAAGGCUGAGAAAGAGCGCCUAAAGAAGGCGCGCCAAGCGGAAGCUGCUCGAAUGAGAUAUCAUCGUUUGACGCCUGCAGAGAAGCGCGAGUUGAACCUCAAAAGAACCUUAGCUCAAAAGAGGAAAAGACAACGGGAAAAGGAGUUAGAAGAGUUGGAGUCUAUUCUCAGAGAGACUAACGACAUACAGGAAGAUCCUGACAUUACCGAACAACUCCGAGAGAAAAGAAUGAGAGCCAAGUGGGCAGAAGCCGCACGACAAAGAUAUGCACGCAUGACCCCGGAAGAACGGCGUGCUCAUAAUAACCGCCGACGUAUGCGUCAGAUGCAGAAUGCAUUGGCGGCUGUGAAGGCUGCUGGAGGAACUGGUGAUCCUAUUAAAGAUGAAGAAGCAGUCAGAGCUCACAUUAAGGCACAAAAUGCCAAAAAGGCGGAAGCAGCGCGACAGAGGUAUCAUCGGAUGACUGAGGAAGAAAAGCGAAUCUACAAUCAGCGACGCACAGAAGCGUUUAGACGGCGCAGAAUGGAGGAAGAGAUGUUGCUAGCUAUGCCAAUCGGUCGAAUCAAUGGAGAAGCUCUGGACAGGGCCCAACAGAUUGUUGUACGUAAUGCAAAACGGGCAGAGGCGGCACGCUUGCGGUAUCAGCGCAUGACCCCGGACCAAAGAAAGUCAUAUAACCAAAAGAGAUACACACCGAAGCGUAAGCGCCUUGAAGGUAUGGACUCUAUGAUGUCCUCUAGUGGUGGAUCGUUGUCGGGAUCUUGUAAAAAGGAGGAAGACGCUUUGUCGGCCAUCGAACGAGAUGUUUUGAAGAAGACUCAACAAGCGCAGCAGGCCAUAAUGAGGCAACAACGACAGUCUGUACAAGUGCUGUCACAACCAGUAACCACAACCUCUACCCCUCAAGGAGUCCAAGGUGGAACAUACAUAAUACAACAGGGUACCUCAACUCCAGUUACACAUAUCGGGCAAAAUCAGGUGCAACAGAUCCAGUUAACUCCUUCAAACGGUGUGACUCAUCAACAGGGACAACAAGGUGGUCAUGUAACUGUAGCACAGCAACAAAUGCCGUCCUCGUCGGGACAUUUGGUUGUACAACAUCAAGCUCCUACCACAUCUGGUGGUCAACAGCUUGUACAUCAACAGGCAGCCCCUCAACAAAUCACCUACACGACUAGUGGCAUGAUGAUUAGUAGCUGGUUUUGUUUGAUUUUUGUUACAAAUGUUCGGUUUCCAUACCUCGAAGCCACCACUUCAACCACGUCUGUUACUGAACGUGCAGCGGCAGAGGGUUUUAUUAUAUUGAUUAUGUGUGCCUGUUUGCAGUAUCUUGCUAUUCCAUUUGGUAUUGUUAAAAAGUCAAUCUAUCGUAUCGGGAUCACGCUUUUUAAAAGUCGUAUGAACCAACAUCCGAUUUAUAUAACCGCGGGGUCUCCGAGAGAGAGUGCUUCUCCUCACAGUCGAAUUCUGGAGACAUUGACACCGGCGGAGGUUUCUACGUUUUCACAGUCGAACCUUUCCUUUCAUCCGCAGACCACAACUUAUUAUUCACCUGCUCCUACUACGUUCCACGCGAAUUCAAGCACUCUGUUUUCGAACGACAGGAAAAAUGAAUAUCUUUUGGUCUCAUCGAACAUUAUGUCGUCAUCAACAUCUUCUGAGUUAAGUCCGCAAGGAUCACUCCAAAGUCGACUACCAGAGUUAGCUACGUCCUUAACUACCUCUGAUAAUGGCAUGCUUACGUCUACGGUCACAUUGUCGAAAGAACAUCCAGCAGUCGCUCAAGCAGAUCAAAUGAAUGCCUUCAUUGAUACGUAUUUUGUCGAACACGCCCCGAGCACUUCCUCUCAAGACAUGGACAGUGUGCAUCAAGAUCAUGAUGACUUCGACCAUGUUCAAUCGAUUGAUGAGGAACUGGAUGCAAUGAAAAAGAAGCAGAGAGUUGAGCAAAUGCGUAGAGAAAAGGAUAGAAAGGAAUUAGAUGACUUGCUGCGUGAUUCAAGCGAGGGAGAGAUUGAUCUUCAGAAAUACAGAGAGCAGAGGUCGAAAAUGCGACGUGCUGAAGCGGCACGUUCACGUUACCAGCGUAUGAGUGAAGCAGAGCGAAAGGUUUAUAACCAACGUCGACGACUUCGAGCGUUGGGGCUGGAUCCAGACAUGCCUAAAGGCUCAUUUAUUGACAAUGAAGCAAUACGAGAACAUAUAAAAAUGGCGAAUGCCAAGAAAGCAGAAGCUGCACGUCUGAGGUACCAUCGAAUGACGGUUGAGGAGAAACGAGAGUACAACCAACGACGUACAGAAUCGUUCCGCAAACGGAGACUCGAGGAGGAAAUUCUUCUUUCGACACCAGCUGGUCGAAUUUCUGCGGAGGCAUUGCAGAAGGCUCAACAAAUUAUGAUAAGAAAUGCUCGUAAGGCUGAAGCAGCAAGGGCUCGUUAUCAGAAAAUGUCUCCAGAGCAACGAAAGGAGUACAAUAUGCGACGUGCACAGGCAAAGAAGAUGAGAGCAAUGAGUCGUGAGAAUCGAAGUCUCAUGAAUUCAAAUUGUUCAAUAGUAUCAGGCGAUCUGGGCGAUUCAUCUGGACUGAACUCAUCUUUCGAAGGUAACAACACAGUGUCGUUGUUGGAUUCAAGCGAUAUUUCAUCGGCUGUAGAACAUCUUAAUUCUAAUUCUCAGAUAUCGCAUUCGACGGAUGACAUCUUUGAACAAAUGGAGCGUGAGGUUAUUAAGCGGACGAAGCAGGCCCACAUGGCUUUAGCUCGUCAACAACAACAACAGUCGCAGACGAACCGUUUCCCUUCGUCAGUUGAUCAACAUCUUAUCGAGAGUGACACAGUUUUGAUCACCAAUGAUGGACAUAUUGUGGAUGACAAGUGUUUUGUGCAGCCUUCACAAUUGAUCGACGAAAAAGCGCUCCACGACAUGUUACUCACAGGGCUGGACGCUAAUGGUCAGCCGGUGGAAUUGCGAACUGUCGAUGGAACAUUGAUUCGUGGAGAAGAACAACUACGCGCUAUAACAAAUGGUCAACCCUUCCUCAUACAUCCGCAACCUUUGCCUAUCUCAAGUGUUGAAGAACAAGGGAAGGCACUGACGUUUUCCAAUGGCCAGGAUCAGAUCGAACUUGUUUCUUCUUCAUCCUCUAUGGUUCUGGAACCGUCUAAUGCCCUUUAUGCCUCGCAUGAAAUUGUCAUUGAUGACAUGCCGGAAUCAUCGCAAACAAAUAUCCGUUUUCAACCUCAACCACAACCUGAGUCACUUCGUCGGGUUCUCCCCGUAUCUAUGGGUUCGGGGGACGGCAACACUCGAAGUUUAACCGUGGCCGAGCGGAACGAGAUCAGUAAAGCGAAGAGAGCGGAGAGGGCGCGAAUACGGUACCACAGCAUGCGACCUGAACUACGGCAGCAACAAAAUGCGAAACGUGCGGAACUGUUGCGAAAGGCAAGACAACGUGAUGAAGAAUUGUGUCAUCUUGCCGAAACGUGCCAACUCGACACCCUCGACGAGGAAACCCGACGUGCAAUUGCUGAGGCACAGAUGAGGCGAGCGAGAAGGGCUGAGCAGGCCAGAGCGAAGUAUCAUAGAAUGAACUGUGAGGAACGUAGACAGUACAAUGCAAUGCGUGAUGCACAAAGACGUCAGAGGAAACGUGCUCAAGAAGAAGCUCGCCAACGAGCGCAAAUGAACGAGGUAUUGACCACUGAGACAGGUCUCAGCCCUGCAUCUGGUUUGUCACCUACAAAUGAUUCGAUCUCGCAGGACAAUCACGGCCUGUCGCCAGGAGAUGGGGAACCUGGUCAGAUUAUUUAUUCAACAUACGAGAUGUAUCAGGAGCCGAUGACGCGAUGGGAGCACUAG